AUGGGGACAGCAUCGGAGCUGGUAAACCAACACUGCAGCCUGCUGUUUCUGGACUUCCUGUUGUCUCUGCUGUCAUGUCCAGAGUCCAGCGGCGAGGUAGGAUCCUGUUACUCCGAGCCCACCGUCCCAGCGGUGCCCAGCCCAGAGGGACCGGUGUGCUGUUUCCUCAUGGACACCACAGGAAGGGCCACUACCGAGUGUAGUGGCUGCGGCUCGGUCCGUCUGGACAGCCGUAUUGUCGGGGGCAGGAAUGCCUCGGCGGGCAGCUGGCCAUGGCAGGUGAGCCUACACUGGCUAGGGAGUCACAUCUGCGGGGGGACCCUCAUUAGCGACCAGUGGGUCAUCACGGCCGCACACUGCUUCUCCAGCUUCCCAAUCCACUUCACCUGGACGGUGUACCUGGGCCGAGAGACACAGGAUACGUCCAGCCCGAACGCCAACCCUCAUGAGGUGGCACACAGUGUUAAAGCCAUCGUCCGCCACCCCGACUACAGCGCGGGGGACUUCACUAACGACGUGGCCCUGGUGAGACUAAGAGAGCCGGUGGAGUUCACCGCCUACGUCUGGCCCAUCUGCCUGCCCUCCAACGCCAGCAGGUUCCCACCGGGAACGGCCUGCUGGACCACCGGCUGGGGCAACACAGGCUUUGGAGGUAGGACACUGCUUACAGCUGUGAAGUGA